UUCUAUGAUAUUGGCUGUGGGGCGCCUGCGUGAUAUACUGAAAGUCGAGGUGUUCCUGACACAGACAACAUGGCGGCCUCCAUAAUGUACAGUCGGCUGUCAGUGGGUCUAAGGAGCAGGGCAGUUCUGAGUUCUGCCGCUCAGGUACUGGCCGGUUUUCCUGGCCCCUUUAGUUGUCAUGGGCUACAAGUUCAACAGCAGCGGAACCUGUCUCUGCAUGAGUAUCUGAGCAUGGGCUUGCUGCAAGAAGCUGGGAUCGCCACUCCAAAAGGAUUUGUUGCAAAAACACCAGAGGAAGCAUAUUCAGUAGCAAAAGAAAUAGGUUCCAAAGAUUUAGUUGUGAAAGCCCAAGUUCUUGCUGGUGGCAGAGGAAAGGGCACUUUUGAAGGUGGUCUUAAAGGAGGCGUAAAGAUUGUUUAUUCGGUUGUAAUGCACCUACUGUCCUUUACAAACAGUUCCUCUAUGAAGAAGUUUAUUUCUAUGGCGACUUCACAGGCACUAGCUGGCUUUCCUCCUUUUAGCAAACUUAAAAGGUCAGUUCAAGUGGUGGUUUCUGCUAACAAUGAGUGUCCUGAUAUUGGGGACACUGCCGUUUCUUCAGAUGCUGCUUCCUAUUGGUUAGAUAGCCUUGCUCAGCAGUGUUCCUCUGAUACUCCUACCUCUAAUUUAUUGACUUUGCUCCAACAUGCAAAUUAUCUUAUUGGUGAUGCUAUAUUUGAUAUUGUGAAAAUCAAUGUUAAAAGGAUUAAUCUAUUUAAACAACCUUUUUUUUUUUUGUGUGUUCAGGGUCCCGUUUUAAUUGGUAGCUCCCAGGGUGGUGUUAAUAUUGAGGAUGUUGCAGCUGAGAAUCCUGAUGCUAUAGUAAAAGAACCAAUAGAUAUUCUAGAAGGCAUUAAAAAAGAACAAGCUGUACGGCUUGCAGAAAAAAUGGGGUUUCCACCAAACCUUAUAGAUGAAGCAGCAAAAUGUAUGAUGAACCUCUAUAAUCUUUUCAUGAAAUAUGAUGCCACAAUGGUUGAGAUUAAUCCAAUGGUGGAGGAUUCCUCAGGGGCUGUGAUGUGCAUGGAUGCAAAGAUUACUUUUGACUCUAAUGCAGCAUAUCGUCAGAAAGAAGUUUUUAGUUUGCGGGACUGGUCUCAAGAAGAUGAGAGGGAUCAACAAGCAGCAACAGCUGACCUCAACUAUAUAGGCCUGGAUGGCAACAUUGGAUGUCUUGUAAACGGGGCCGGGUUGGCCAUGGCUACUAUGGAUAUAAUAAAGCUUCAUGGAGGAACUCCUGCAAACUUUUUAGAUGUUGGUGGGGGUGCUACAGUUCACCAAGUGACAGAAGCUUUUAGACUCAUCACUUCUGAUAAAAAGGUGCUUGCUAUACUCGUAAAUAUUUUUGGUGGAAUCAUGAGAUGUGAUGUUAUUGCUCAAGGUAUUAUAAUGGCUGUGAAGGAUUUGGAACUGAGGAUACCUAUUGUUGUUCGUUUGCAGGGUACAAGAGUUGAUGAUGCAAAAGCCCUUAUAACAGCAAGUGGCCUGAAAAUUCUUGCAUGUGAUGAUCUUGAUGAAGCUGCAAAAAUGGUUGUAAAGUUAUCAGAAAUCGUAACUCUUGCAAAACAAGCGCAAGUAGAUGUGAAAUUUCAGUUGCCUAUCUGAUUCUAAACCGCUAUUUUGUUAAGUUGUAACUGUUUUCUUUAUAUUUUUCUGUCUAGAUUCUAAUUAAGAGCAAAAAUAAUUAAAAUGGUUGAUGUUAAAUUAAAUUGCUGCUUUGAAAAAUCAUUGUCACCUUGUAUGUAUAUUACAACAGUAUUUUUUUCAAUUUCAAAACCAAGUGUCGAAUACCAUUGCAAGGAAAAUGUAGAAAAUAUUAUAGUCCUAAACACAUUUGCAACUGGCCUUUUGUAAUUUGUCAAUGUUAUCUCUGGAACAUUAAAGAAUCCUGCAAGAUAAUAAAAAGUACUCCUUUCAAUAGAGCUAAAUAUAGGAUAAGGUUAUAUUAUUUGGAGUUAAUUGAAUAAUUAUUGAUUAAUAUUUUAGAGAAUGACUUAAAGUUACAGUAAAGUGAAAAUUAAACUUUUGUGGUUUAGAUUGAGCUUUUAAUUUUAAUCAACUUUCUAAUUUACUCCUAUAAACAAAAUUGCUUUGUUCUUUUGGUGUCUGUUAUUGAAGACUAAACCUAGGUAGGCUCAUAUGAGUUUAGGAGUGUGCAUGUGUCUAACGCUGCAUGGUAGCAGUGUUUGCUGCAAUGUAUAACAUUGCUACAAAUAUUGUCAAACACGGUUACUCAUGUGCACGCUCUUGAGUUACUAUGAUCCUACAUAGGUUUACUCUUUAAAGGGACAUGAAACCCCAAUUUUUUCUUUCAUGAUUCAGAUAGAGAAUACAAUUUUAAACACGUUUCUAAUUUACUUCUAUUAUCUAAUUUGUUUCAAUCUCUUGGUAUCAUUUGUUGAAGGAGCAGCAAUGCACUAAAGGUUUCUAACUGAACUCAUGGGUGAGCCAAUCACAAUAUAAUAUAUAUAUAUAUAUAUAUAUAUAUAUAUAUAUAUAUAUAUAUAUAUAUAUAUAUAUAUAUAUACAGCUACCAAUCAACAGCUAGAACCUAGAUUCUCUGCUGCUCCUGAGCUUUCCUAGAUAUAGUUUUCAUCAAAGGAUAACAAGACAAGGAAGCAUAUUAAAUAAUAGAAAUAAAUUGGAAAGUUGUUUAAAAAUGUAUUCUCUAUCUGAAUCAUGAAAUAAAAAAUUUGGGUUUCAUGUCCCUUUAACAAAGGAUACAAUGAGAAGAUUAUAUGCUUUAUUUUAAUCAUAAAAGUAAAAUUUUGACUUCAUGGUCACGUUUAUGGGACACACUCAGUUAUAGACUGGCUAGUUGAGGAGAGGUUAAUUGUAUUUCUAAUUCAAAUCCUGAUCUUUUUUAAUAAAGGGCCACAAAUUAAAUAGUUGAUAUUACAAUAAAGAUUAACAUAAUAAAAAAAAUUAUGAACCCAAGCAACAGGAAAUGGUAAGCAUUAGUUUGUCGUUCUUCCUUAUUAACACAAAUAUUGUCUACAGCUAAAGAAUAUAGCUAUAGACCAAGACACAGCAGCUUAUUUUUUUCUUUUUUACUAAAUUAUAGAAUUCGGGUUAGAACUUUACCUUAUUUGUGUGUGUUCUUAUCUCUGAUGAACAUUUCUGAAUGUCAGUUCUUACACACUCCUAAUAUAAGACGAGUAAUUAUUUUGUCUGUCAUUUACUCCUGUUUUGAAUAUGGUGCAUAAACAGCCAUCUUUGAGUUUACAGGUAACAAUGGAGACAUUUAAGAGACUCGAUCAUAAUGCCUUUUCAUUUUCUUUUCACUGAUACAUAUACAUUUAUAUAGCUGCAGUUACUCAGGUCUGUUAAUCAAUUUCUAGAUAAUGCCAAUUUAUUUAACCUAUACAGUUGCCUUGCUGCUUGCCCACAUUAAUGUUACAGAACAUCAGAGUUCUUAGUUGUAUAAAUUCGGAAAUUAAUAGCAGUCGGUGUACUUUACUGUUCUAUACACAUUUGCAUGAAUUAUUCAUUUUUCAACAUAUUCUGGUGGUGUUUCUUUAUAUUCACAGUAAAAAAUACACAUACACAAUGAAUUGAAUAUUGCAAGGUAUUUAACACAUGGGUAAAUCUGAUGUUACAUUUGUUUAUGUUGAGAGGACUGAACAAACCAAUAAAAAGGAAAAAAUUAAACUUUGAA